AUGGGUCGCGUCUGCUCCUGCUUCUGGCUGUUCGCGGGCAGCGCCCUCCUGGUUUACUGGGCCGCGGUGGCGAGCGGCGUUGAGACGUCCAUCACGGUUGAUGCGAGUGGGGACCUUUAUAUCAAUGCUAGCAAUCGUGUUGUCGUCAACAAUGUGGAUCUGCUGGCCGCGCUAAGGACGCUGGCCAGAGCGGUUGUUCCGCGCAGGCCCGAGCUGGUGAUGCAACCGCUGGAGAGCCACGACAUUACCGCCGAUGCCGAUGGGGCCGUGUCGGUGUACGCAGCUGACUUGGAUAAUGACGGUGACAACGAUGUUCUUAGCGCCAGUGUCAAUGACAACAAAGUUGCGUGGUAUCGCAACAACGGCGACGGCACCUUUUCCAACCAGCUCAUCAUCACCACAGACGCCACUUAUGCAUGGUCGGUGAACGCAGCAGACCUGAACAACGACGGCAAUCUCGACGUCCUCAGCACGAGCGCCCGUGACGGCAAGGUGGCAUGGUACCGCAACAACGGCGAUGGCACCUUUUCCACUCAGCUUGUGAUUACCACGGAUGCCGAUGGGGCCGUGUCCGUGUGCGCUGCCGAUCUGGACGACGAUGGCGACCUCGACGUCCUCAGCGCCAGUGCUUACGACAACAAGAUUGCUUGGUAUCAGAAUAACGGUAAUAGUACCUUCUCCAGCCAGAUUGUCAUUGCGAUUGCGGAUCAUGCGCGCUCGGUAUACGCCGCCGACUUGGACAAUGACGGAGAUUUCGACGUCAUCAGCGCCAGCGCGUACGACGACAGGAUUGCGUGGUACCGCAACGACGGCAACGGCACCUUUUCCCCCCAGAUCCUCAUCAGCGCCAGCGCCGACUAUGCGUGGUCCGUCUACGCCGCAGAUUUGGACAAGGAUGGCGACCUUGAUGUUCUGAGCGCCAGCAUGUACGAUGAUAAGAUUGCAUGGUACCGCAAUAAUGGCAACGGCACAUUCUCUGCACAAAUUGUUGUCACCACGAACGCCUCUGGUGCAAACUCGGUGUAUGCAGCAGAUCUAGAUAAAGACGGGUACCUGGAUAUCCUUAGCGCAAGCAUUUCCGACGAUAAGGUUGCUUGGUACCGCAACAACGGCAACGGCAUGUUUUCUACCCAGAUCGUCAUCACCACGGCCGCCCCAUUUGCGCGUUCAGUGUACGCCGCAGAUCUGGACAAUGACGGCCAUCUCGACGUCCUCAGCGCCAACCUGGACGGCAAUGUCAUGUGGUACCGCAAUCAGCUUCUUCAAAACCUCGGCUAG